AUGCAGAAUAAAGCAUCUCUUCCACCGAUCAAAUUUCUUCUCAAUUCACCCAACAGCGAUGACUACGGAUAUCCAUCUCCACCAAUACCUACCUCUACGUCAUCAAUUAUUAACCCUCAUGCCUAUCACCAACGAAACCUCCCGUCUCCAAAGUUCGCGGAUACCGACCAUCUAUCUGCAAUUGGCUCGUAUAACAAGAAAACCACAGACUUCACCACUCAAAACACUUACAAUGGUAGUUGCGGGUCUUUGAUUUCACCGCCGGAGUCACCUGGAACGAGAGGGAUGUAUCAACAGUUGUCACCACCACCAUCCCUUCCAUCCCCGCGACAACAAUGUGGUUAUUGCGUGGGACCUUCGGUAACAUAUGAUCACCAGCAUUUUCGGUCGUCGACCCAACAAAAUGGUUCCUUCGCUCAAGUCCCACUUUCACAUAACCACCAUCAUUAUUUUCAUCCACGUUUUAAUACAACUUCAUUUGAAAGUAUGACUUCGGGUGAUUUUCACGACCAAGUUCUCUCAAAAUUCACACUUAUUCACAUACUGGGGAAAAACCUUUUAUUUGCACCGAACCGGGAUGCGGAAGAAAAUUCUCCGUGCAGAGUAACAUGCGAAGACAUCUUAGAGUUCAUCGUUUGGUGA